GCAACUUGACCACAAGAUCUUCACUGACUGGCAUCUUCUUAUGUCUGGUUAACUAUCCCGAAGUCAUCAUAACAAUUCAAGGGGAAAUAGAUAACCACAGAAGCGAAAUGCCCUACACAGAAGCUACCAUCCUGGAAGGUUUGCGUCUCAUUUCGCCAGUACCCCUUAAUGCUUUCAGGAGAGCAUCUGAAGAUAUUGACUUCGAGGGGAUGGUAAUCCCCAAAAACGCUUUGAUCCUGAUUAACAGCUGGCACUUUCUCCACGACGAGAACAAAUGGGAAGAUCCGUGGACAUUUAACCCCAAACGUUUUCUUGACGAUCAGGGGAACCUUUUACCAAUUGACCACCCAAGAAGGAAAGA